GCAAUAGAUAAAGAGAUUAACGUUGCAAAUUUAAGAUUCUCGUGAAGAUAUAAUAAAAAUUCGUAUCACAAUCUAUCAGAAUUUAUUACUCCCCAUCUGAUCCAAUCGAUACCGAAUUUUGGACCGUGCGAUCAAAGCUCCCAAUCGCAAAGAGAGAGAGAGAGCACGAAAAAAAAAAAUUCAAUCAUCACUGACACACCCAAAAUAUAGAGAAAACCAGAAACUCGAAUUUCUUCUAGCAAUUGAAACGAUGUCGUCGAACAACGACAGCCCGUCGUCGCCCACGGCGGCCGCCGCCGUCGACACUACGCCGUUCCUCGGCGACCAGAGCCCCAGCAAUCGCUCCCGCUUCCUCGGCCUCCGCGGCGCCGCCCGCUUCCUCCGCCGAGCCAGCAGCCGCGGCCGCUCGAUGCGGGAGCCCUCCGUCCGCGUCCGCGAAGCUGCGGCGGAGCAAAUCGAGGAGCGCCAGAGCGAUUGGGCCUACUCGAAGCCGAUAGUGAUAUUGGACCUCGUGUGGAACCUCGCCUUCGUGAUCGUCUCGAUCUCCGUUCUGAUCAUGAGCCGCGGCGAGCAUCCGUCGAUGCCGCUGCGGUUGUGGAUUGUCGGAUACGCGCUGCAGUGCGCUCUCCACAUGGUCUGCGUCUCCGCCGAGUACAUGAAGAGGUAUUCCCAGCGGAAUCCCGAGGGUAGUGAGCGUGGACGGGAUGCGUACAGCCGCAAUUACUCCAAUUCGAGCUCCGGAAGUGAUGAUGUGGAGUCCGGCGGUUAUGCUUCAGAGCGCCGACAGAGUGAUGAUGAAACUAGUGUUGCCAAACAUCUGGAGUCUGCGAAUACAAUGUUCUCGUUCAUUUGGUGGAUAAUUGGGUUCUAUUGGGUGUCUGCUGGUGGCCCGGAUUUGACUGCUGAAUCGCCACAGCUUUACUGGCUUUCCAUUACAUUCUUGGCAUUCGACGUGUUCUUCGUCGUGAUUUGUGUUGCUGUGGCGUGUAUAGUUGGAAUUGCUGUUUGCUGCUGUCUACCAUGCAUCAUUGCAAUCUUAUAUGCAGUUGCAGAUCAGGAAGGAGCUACUAAGGAAGAUAUUGAGAGACUACCAAAAUUCAAAUUCCGGAGAAUUGGUGACUUUGAGAAGCAAAAUGGUGAAAUUCAAGAAUCAUUUGGAGGAAUAAUAACUGAAUGCGACACUGAUUCUCCGACAGAGCACGUUCUACCUCUCGAUGAUGCUGAAUGCUGUAUUUGCCUCUGUGCCUAUGACGAUGGAGCUGAACUGCGCGAACUCCCCUGCCGCCAUCAUUUUCACUCGGCCUGCAUCGACAAGUGGCUGCACAUAAAUGCAAUCUGCCCACUCUGCAAGUUCAAUAUACUGAAAAACGGGAAUCACGUCGACAGCGAAGAAGCGUAAUUGAGAAAUCUAUAUAACUUUGAUGUUGGAUGACUAUGGCUUUCCUGCUUCAGGUAACACCUUGAGAGCUGCUUGUUGUGUGCCUUUUGAUGCCCUUUUGGUGCUUUAUUUACACUGAUUGUAUAUGUUUUCUUACAAAUAGAUUUGUUGAAACUUCUUGUUUCUGCGACACACUAGGAAAUGGGAGUCAAAACUCAUGUAACAUUCCAACAUCUUUAGAGUUAAGGUGUAUGUAAUACUACUAGUUUGUGAUGUUAAGGAAAGCUCAUUUGCAGAUAAA